AGCGAACGCUCCGGAACGCUCGGCGACAGCCAAUCAGCGUGUCUCCCUGCUUUGUUAGCUCUCCUCUGGCGAAACAACAGCUCGUUUCGAUUUGUUUUCCUUUUCGCCGCGUAGCCAUCAAAAAACAGAGCGAGUAAAAUGUUAGAAUAAAUAAAGCGUGUAUUUGUGUUUGGUGUUAUUAUCGUUUUGGUGUUAGUCUAGACUGAAGGCAGAGGAAGUUGGAACUGCCGACGCAUCGUUCGCUGCUAGCUAACUGGAGCUAAUAUCGAGCGACCCAACAGAGAAAGCAGAGAUGGGGUCCAUCCUGAGUCGUAGAAUCGCUGGUGUUGAAGACAUCGAUAUUCAAGCCAACUCGGCUUACCGAUUUCCACCGAAAUCUGGGAAUUAUUUUGCCAGCCACUUUUUCAUGGGAGGAGAAAAAUUCGACACGCCACAUCCAGAGGGAUACCUUUUUGGGGAAAACAUGGACCUGAAUUUUCUUGGAAAUAGGCCAGUGCAGUUUCCAUAUGUAACACCUGCACCCCAUGAGCCUGUGAAAACCCUGAGGAGUCUGGUGAACAUCAGGAAGGAUUCGUUGCGUUUGGUCAGGUAUAAAGAUGACUCUGACACACUGGCGGAGGACGGCGGGAAACCAAAGGUCCAGUAUGGUGUGGAGUUCACUUUUGAUGCUGAUGCUCGAGUGGCUAUCACCCUCUACUGCCAGGCAUUUGAGGAGUUCUCCAAUGGCAUGGCAGUGUACAGCCCAAAGGAUCCGUCGAUGGCCUCUGAAACUGUGCAUUACAAGCGGGGGGUGAGCCAGCAAUUCUCCAUGCCGUCUUUUAAAAUAGAUUUCAGCGAAUGGAAAGAAGAAGAUCUGAAUUUUGACCUUGACCGAGGAGUGUUUCCCAUGGUGAUCCAAGCUGUGGUUGAUGAAGGGGACGAUUGCCUUGGACAUGCUCAUGUGCUUUUGGCAGCAUUUGAAAGACAUGUUGAUGGGAGUUUCUCAGUGAAACCUCUGAAGCAGAAGCAAAUUGUGGACCGUGUAAGCUACCUCUUGCAGGAGAUUUAUGGAAUCGAGAACAAAAACAACCAAGAAACUAAGCCAUCUGAUGAUGAGAACAGUGACAACAGCAACGAGUGUGUCGUCUGUUUGUCUGACCUGCGAGACACGCUUAUCCUGCCCUGCAGACACCUUUGUCUCUGCAACUCCUGUGCGGACACUCUGCGGUACCAGGCCAACAACUGCCCCAUCUGCAGGCUGCCCUUCAGAGCCUUGCUUCAGAUCAGAGCUGUGAGGAAAAAGCCUGGAGCUCUUUCUCCUGUGUCCUUUAGUCCAGUUCUGGCUCAGACUAUGGACCAUGAUGAGCACUCAGGCACAGACUCAGUUCCUCCUGGCUUCGAGCCCAUCUCACUGUUAGAGGCCCUGAAUGGUUUGCGCUCGGUGUCUCCUGCCAUCCCAUCAGCCCCCCUCUAUGAUGACAUCAACUUCUCAGGGGGUCUGGGAGGGGACAACAGACAGUUAAGCUCUCCAGAGCAUUUAAGCGAUGGAAGUCUGCAGAAAGGCAAAGUCAGCAAGUCACCUGACAGCACCCUGAGGUCUCCAUCGUCUCCAAUCCAGGAGGAGGAUGAAGAGAAGCUGUCAGAGAUGUCAGAUGCUCAGCCACACACUCUUCUGUCCAGUAGCCCCGCCCCCACAGAUGCCACAGCGACUGAGGACGUGGCAGAAUCCCUGUCUCCAGAUGACGAGGACAGGAUGCAUUCUGGAGGAGACAUUCUGCAGGACUGCAUCAGUGAACACAGCAGCUUGACCAAAACAGAGAGUGACCCACCAGGUGAUCUGUCUUUGCCAGCUCUAGGUCCUGAUUCCUGCUCUAUUGGUAUGGAGGAAUAACUGUGGGUCAUCAGAAAGCCUGAAAAGUCAGAGCACAAACUGCUCCAGCCAACCUCUCCUGUGUGCCACGAGCAGCCUUCAUAUGGAAGAUGAACAUCUCAUCCACUAACUCCUCCCAUCUUUGCUUCAAGGAAGUUAACAAGAGUGAGGCAGGACUCUGUUUAUUCCAUCAGCAUCUCUUGACAAAACAAAAGAAAUUGGACUGUCACAAAGAUGUUUGUGAUGGCUUGUUCUGUGACUGAAGUUUAAAAAAAAAAAAAAAAAAAAAAA